GGGCUAUACUGGAGAUGAUGGUGUGAGGUUAGACAGGAUAGCCUAGCCUAGCCUACUACGAGGGGGAGAGGGUUUGUAGGAGGGGCUUAAACUUAUACAUCUCUUAUAUUGAAAGUUCGAGCCAGUGGCUGGGAUAAUUUUUAUUUUAUCCUGAAACUGAACAGUAGCCGCUGUAACCAUCCACCUCUCGCACCUGGCAAUACACCUGCCUGUUGUUACCGUCAACACCCGCACGAGACCUCCGGGCUUCACUAACGCUGUAAGGAUGAAGAUUGAGAACAGCCUGCCCCGCCCCCAGCUCCCCGAGACUCCGCCCCAGACAGGCCUGCAGUUCACCGUGGCGACGGAGGAGGACUUUGAUGAGAUCAUGGCCAUAAGCCAAGACAUCUACGGAGGGCUGGACUACCUACCGACCCGCUACACCGCCUGGCUAUCCGAGUCCAACCGCACUGUCAUACUGGCCCGCAAACAGGGCAAAGUGAUUGCCCUGGAGUCGGUGUGUGUGAUUGACGAUGGUGAGACCAUGCUGGUGGAGGGGUUACGUGUGGCCCCCCAGGAGAGAGGGAAGGGCGUGGCAGGGGUGCUGCUACGGUUCUGCUCCCAACUGGUCAAGUCCAAGUGGCCUGAGGUGAAGGUGACCAGGCUGACCCGCGAUGACCAGCUGGGGCCCAAGGACUUCCAGAAGUACCGCCUCAUCACCAAACAGGGCAUACUGCUGGUUCGCUUCAACGCUGAAGAUCUCAAGCUCCGGCUCUCCGAACUGGGGCCGGUUGUGACCCUCCCCACCUACUCCGAGGGUACCCCCCAGGGUUCUGACACCCCUCUGGUUCCCCCGGUCCUUCUGGACCUCAACGAGGCCCACCAGAUGUUCCUCAACUCGGGCCUGAUGUCCGACCUGGUCCCUAACGCUACCAUCGUCCAGGACUGGCAGCCGUUCAAGCUCGUGCCCAGCAACAUGGUCAUUCUUCUGAAGAAGGACAUCGACUGGAUGGUGGACGACCGCUGCACCCCCACUGUGGCCAGCCUGUGCACCCACCCCUUCUGGGUUCCCGGAGGUCCUCGCGGAGUUGGGACGGACACGUACUACCUCAACAUCGACGUGUUUGGCAAGGACAUAGGCCUUGUGCUCCAUCAGUUCCUGAGUCACCUGAGGCGCCACGCCACCACCCUGAAGGGGCACGUCAUGUGCCAGAUGUUCCUGGAUCCUCCCAUGUGGAAACCCAUGGCCGAAUUCUGUUGCCAGACACUGAAUGUGGAGCUGGUGAAGGAAUACACGGAGCAGUGCGUGGUCGAGUCGGAUGUCGUGUAGCCCGGAGGAAGAGGGAGGAGGAAGAGGAUGAGGAAGAGGAGAGACAAGACGGAGGAAGAAACAUGAAAAAAUUUGAAAAGUUUCCAGAGACCCAAUGAACGAAUGAACCUCAUGAAAUGGAAAAGUUCCCCAAGAAACUUCAGAAGGAUUGGCAACAACCUCCCUAAGAAACUAUAGCGAAACACCUCAGAAGCUGCAUUAUAUUUGCAAUAUGUUUGAUUUGAACACUACCGCUAACAAAAAUAUUUUACAAAAAAAAAGGCAGCUACAUGAAAUACUUUUGACUAAUUAGUUUGAAUUAGUUUCUCACAGUUUUUUUUACCAUUUAGUCAUUUACACAAAUCUAGCUCUUAACAACAGGAUGCUAAUGUUAGUUCCUUUAAAAAAGAAAAAAAGAAAAAUGCAAGCUAGCUUGGAGAAUAUCAUGCCUUUCAAUCUUUUUAAUGUAAAUAUAAAGUAUAAAUAUGUACACAUUCUGAAUUGCAAAUAAGUCUGCACAACUCUUGAGGCACUUUAUGAAACCAUAUGGGCUGUUGUGCUAAAGUGCAAGUGAUGACGGGAGGAAGAGAGGAGUCGUUUCACUUUUAGAAAUAACAAUAUAACUGAUUUAGAACGCAUCACUCCCAUGGUAACGGUAGAAAUCCUUAUGGACCUAUUCUAUCCAACACCAAAUCCCAAAAUACUUUCCAACAAACAAUAGCUCUUCAGUGAAUCUUACAGAGCAUUUGAACGCUUAUAAUUCACACAAAAUGGCUGAAAUGGAACAGCUAUAAUUACACUGAAACGGAACGCUUAUAACACUAAAACAUGGCCAGUUUUGCUUUUAAAACUAUUUCAUUUUUUUAAACAAUUGCUCAGUUGUUAUGUUUUUAAGCACUUAAUCAUAUUGCUAAUUUAUUGUUACUUUUCCUCGUGUACUUGAAUGCAACCGUAGUAUCUAAAGAGGUAAUAUAUUAUCAGCAGAAGCUUUCUGGAGGCUUUCUAAUACUUAAUGUGCAAUCCAAGCUUACUCUAUAGUACAUUGCUAAUAGUGUGAAAAAGGGAGCUGUACUUAUUACUUUACAGUAUACCACAAAGACUAAAACAAUAUAACUAAUAUAGUUCUGAUUGACUUAACAUUAACAACAUUGUUCAGUAGCUAGAGAAAUAUUUCCAUGGUAAAUUUCACCAUCGCAAAUAUUAGCUGACAACCUUUGUAAAGAUUGAAUUGUAGUCCCUCAUCAACAUAGACUCAGUCAUCAGACAUGCUGUGAAACAGCCCUCUGAAACCAUUUUAAGCUUCGUAGCCACUCUAAGAUGCUUCAUAACCCCUCUACGAAGCUCCAUAGCUACCCUAAGAAGCUUCAUACGCUUUGGGACAUGAUCAGAGCUCAGCUAAGCAAAUGGGACACCCUUUGCUCUCGAAGGUUUCAUAACCACUUUACUAAGCUUCGUAGCCACUCUAAGAUGCUUCAUAACCACUCUACUAAGCUUCAUAGCCACUCUAAGAAGCUUUAUAAGCUUUCGGCUCUUGAACGUUCCCUUUAAGACAUGAUGCCCUUGACACGACGUAGCACUGAACGAGCCUACAUUGCAACCCCCAACUUGAAACUAAAACCACUACAGAUCAGUUACUGGCCACUUCAUUGACUCCAACCUGCCCUCGUUGUAAAAGGGACCUUGUUGUAAAGGAUGAAAUGGACGGAGGAAGAGAAUACCUUUUUAUUUUUUGGUAGACUGAUCAGUGACUCUGACUCUAAAGGAUGAACGCACUCACCCAUGAUAAAUGACGGAUUUAGGACUGGAUCGAUAUCGGACGAUGGAUGAGAUGCCUGGAGAAAGUGGAAUGAAGAAUGAAGCAAAUUAUAUACCGGAUUCCAAAUUCUUCAAAACAACCAACCAAUGCUUUGUCAAGGCUGACAAUGAUUUUCUCAGUUCUCUGAGAAGCACUUCCUAUUUUUUUUCACCGAUCGAAGAAGCAAACAUGGACUGACCCCCCUUUUUUGCUGUGGCGAGUCGUGAGGAAGCCAAAGAUGAAGAUGAAGAUGUGAGUGGCCUGACUCCAGUGGUGAAGAGAAGAAGCAGUACACAGUCAUUCCUACACCACCCCACCCUUGUCUCUAAAGGCAUUCCCCUACACAACAUACGAAACCCCACAUGAACCCCCCCAAUCAAAUAAUUUCUAAGAAAUUCUCCAUAAUACGGGAAGGUGGAGCUUUUCCUCACAAGCCCAUACAACCUCUCUCUCUUUCCAUCUCUCUUCAUGAAUAGAUUGAAGACCAAUUUAAAGCCACUGAGUUUAAAACAUCACUAUUGGCUGGUCAAAGGUAAGGUUCCCUGGAUGUACUGUCGUAUCCAUGCCGACCAUCUGGUGUAUGUAAAUGAUCUUAGAGAGCGUGCUUUCCUGCUGCUAGUGUGUGCCCACAAGACCAGAUGAUUUACUAAACUUAUUGUUCAGAAAACCGCCUAGUUAAAUUUCUCCCUAUUAUUUUAAAGCUGGUUUGAACAAUUCAGAUUUUGACUUCGUAGGCUACGCCACAACACGAGAAUAGUCGUUUUGAAUUUACCUUGGUGGUGGUUGGACAUUUAAUGAAUAGAGCUCAGUGUAUUUAGAAAAGGUCACUGAGAUGGGAGAAUAUGAGCUAAUUUGUCUCUCUGAUAAGACAGAAUACUGUUUAACAUUUUAAAAACUCCAGUCCAGUCCACACCCCAUAUCUGUGUCGGAACGGUCUGUCUGCACGAUUGGCAAAUGGAAAGCAGUUCUACUGUUACUUUGUGUUCUCCUUAUCUCGCCAUGGUAAAGAUGGAGCUUUCAGUUGUUAAAAGCAUCUGAGUGCGAGUGAGGAAUGUCAUUUUAGAAUUCCACAGUGUCAAGGUGGUGUUGGUGUUAGUGGACUUUGCAUGGUCACAGACACACAGUGUUGUAUUGUAUGACUGCCAAUAUACCCUGCAGAGUCCACAGAUCAACUGAUCCAAUGGCUUUCCAAGACCAUAUGGCUAAAAUGGAUACCAGUACACCACAGCCAACCAGGGAUACGACAGGUUGGAGGGUAUUUGGUUUGAGGUUGAACACAGUCUUUGAUAUGAUGCACACAGACAUGUAUUAAAAACUAAAAAACUAUUCCCACAGCCUCACCACGCCCAUGCAAUCUAUUGCCCAAAUGCCCACUACUUACCCACCCAACAACAUGUUCAAAUCAAUGUUGUAUCCACUACUACGAUAGGGACAAGGUUGUUGUCGUACAAACUGCCUCAGUCCUCAACAUACCCAUCCAGCAAAGACUAUCUCCCCCUACACUCCAUCUUCAUACGGACUAGACAUUAUGGUUUUAUCUUAAUUGUUGUCUGGUGAAUUGGUGGUUUGUCACUGUCACCUGGUAUAUUUCUACAUUGUAUAUUUCUAUAUUUGACAUACAGAUAUAUGCACAGUAUUUCAAGGGGAUGUGGUUGAAAGGUUGAAAUAAGAUGCAGUACUGUCGGUGUCUUUUGUCUUGUUCCAGAAGGUAUGUUUUGUGUGUUUGAGGGAAAGCUCGAAGGAGAAUGUUUGGUAGAGAUCCAAGGAGAUUUGAUUGGUUAUAGAGUGCUCCAAAUCGGAUAAUUACGGACUCAUUCCAGAAUUUAAAUAAUUCCGGGCACUCUUAAAAGAUUAUGUAGCAGUACAAGUCAUCCACUGUUGUAAAAUGGGAACUCUCCUUCCUCCAUUGUCCCCCAUUCCACACAAACACAGCCGAGAGAAAAAUGUUGUUGAACCAACAGCCUUGGGAAUAGAUAUGAUGGACAGGGUCUAUAUUUAAGGGUUUCCUAAAGCACUGUGUAUUAGUAUGUGACAUGCAUUUUACAUGUGAAAGAUACUGUAUGGUAAUAUACUAAACCAGGAGGAGGGUAUUUAAUGCUCUCCCUUGAUGAGGGGUUCUUAACACAAUGAGGUUACUGUUACUGCACUGUGCUGCCAUUGAGUCGGAGCUCGGUCUGAGGGCUGUAAAGUAAGCACUUUGUUCAGCCGAUUCAUUGGCUCUCUGCUGCUGUGAUAAUGGCGGGGAGGGCAGUAGGGCAGCGAGGGAAACCGAAAGGAUGUACCAUCAGUCAUUCAUAGUUCUAACUGAACAGCUGUUGUGUUCUGAUGUGUUCUGUCGCUCUGUCAUCGUCGUCAAGGUCAAUGUUAAUCAGCCACGGUUAUGGAGCAAACAUUAGAUUGGCCCUAUUAUUGAAUAAUUUCUCGUUAUGAAUCUGAUUGCAUGCUUAGUUCUGUAUUUGCUGAUUAAACAUAAAUAUCAUAUUUUCCCCGCCAAAAUAUUUAUUUUUAUUAAUUAAGACAUUAUCGAUCUAGUUUGAUGUACAAACCGUACUUCAUUUGAUGGCUGGUUAUCAUUUAGCUGUGACUCUAAUUGUACAAAUAUAUGCAGGUUCUUUGUGUGUCUUUUUUAAAAUACUAAUUAUUUCAUCUUAUAUACCUUGUUUUCCACCCAUCCCAUUUUUUUCAUUUUAAUUCCUCACCGCUUUUCACUUUGUUCUUAAAACCGCCACAACAUGUAAUCUCUUUAAAUCUAUAUUUGGUCAUUUUGAAUACGGACACACCUACAGUAUUAUAAACAGCUGGAGCUGAGAUGAAGUAGAUGAAUGAGAGAGGUGCUACAGUUCUUAGCAUUUUGUCUGACAGAAAGUGUGCCAGGUGCCAUGGUGACGUGGUUGAAACAGAUGGGAGGAAGUUCAGAGAUGAGCUUGUAUUGAUAACAUAGCCUGAUCCCAGAUCUGUUUGCGUUUUAGCCAACUCCUCUGUCUAUGAUAGUCAGACAAAUUUGGCUGAAGUACGUACUGAUCUCGGACCAUUAUAGUGGCUAGUCUUAAUAGUAGUUAUGGCUAUGCUUGGUGGUGGAGAAGGGGAGAGUAAACCGAAACCCUCAUCCCUCAUUUAUGAAAUGGUGGCGGUGGAGGUCAUAAAGAUGAGGGGGAUGGGGGAAGGAGAGGUCAGGGAGAGAGAGGGAAGGAGGGAUGGUGUGGGUGUUGUGGAGGAGGAGAUGAGGGAGUUUCUGUCUCUUAUUGCAGUACCUAAGAGGCAAAACCAGGGGAGGAUGGUUACAGUAGGUUACAGAACCCUGAAAAAUUAUAUGAAGCUUUGUCGCCAAGCUAAGAUGCUUUAUAGCCACUCUAUGAAGCUCCACAGUCUGAUCUUUAACCAGCAUGCACAGUAUGUGGGUAAAAGUUCAGACAAAAACGUGGGGGAGACAGAGAUAGCAACAGUAGGGAGAGGUGAAUGACAAUAGAGGACCAGGCCGGUCAAACUAUUUAUAUCUACUACAUUGUUAUGUAUCCACACUAUGUACCCUUCUAGUGUCUAGGGCAGAGCACAUGACUUCCUGGUUCUCUAGCUACCCAUGGACAGCAGGUGUAAAACACUGAUGACAAUUUAUCACUCACAACGCUGACAUUGAGACACUGACUAGACCAGAGCUCUCCAACCCUGUUCCUGGAGAGCUACCCUCCCGUAGCUUUUAAUUCAACCCCAGUUGUAACUAUCCUGAUUUAGCUUAUUAACCAGCUGGCUUAUUAGAAUCAGGUUCGCCGGUUUAGAGUUGGAGUGAAACCCGUGAGGACGGUAGCUCUCCAGGAACAGCGUUGGAGAUCCCUGGUCUAGAGUCAGUGUGUCUCAAUGUCAGUGUUGUGAGUGAUAGAUUGUCACCAGUGUUUACAGCUGCUGUCCAUGGGUAGCUAGAGAACCAGGAAGUCAAGUUAAAGCUGUUCUGUUUGCAGACUGAGGCUGUGUUCAGAGUGAACAUCUAUUCCCUACAUAGUGCACACUAGGCAAUAGUGUGCCAUUUGGGACGCACAAUCAGUGUCCUUUCCAUGCUAAAAUACAUUUGGCUUAUCGUUGAAUCCCCUAUGGUGAGGUGAGAGCCAGCAAGGUUUGUAUUUAUAUCUAUAGACUAACUCCACAUGAGAUGGAGUUGAAGACCCGUCACCUGCUAAUAUUAGGAUACAUGAUACAGUAAGGCCCCUUAAACACACACUCACACACACGCACACACACACACACACACUUUAUACACAGCCAGGAGAGUCUAUUCCUCUCCUAAACUGCUUACUGCUUAGCCAGUGACAUUUAAGAGGCUACGACGACAGUUAGCUAGAGUUUCAGCUUUGUGUGUGUGUGGGUGCGUGUGUGUGUGUGUGUGUGUGUGGGUGUAUGUGAGUGUGUGUCUGUGUGUGUAAUCUGUCGAUGUGUCACAGUGUCUGGUUGCACGGCGAGAGACACAGAGACCCUUUUCAGACAGAUUUCUCAGCUGGUUGUGAAUGGAAAGUCUGCCUGUGUCCCAAAUGGCACCAUGCUACCAAUGUAGGGUACUACUUUUAACUAGGGCCCAUAGGGAAUAGGGUGAGAUUUGGGGCAACAACUCUGCGAAAGAGAGAAUGGGGGGAAGGGGCAGAGGAAAAAGAGGGAAGGGGGGUGAGGUUAGGGGAAAGAGAGAGAGAGUUUUUCAGAUGCUUGUUGUGGGUUUUGGAGAGAGACAGAUGGGUACCUACAGUACUGUCUGGUUUUAUGGCCGUUGGAAGCUGCUGCUGGUGAAUGUGGUUUUGGCUGGGUGUUUAAUAAGGAUCUAGGACUGCGUGGAAUGGACUCAAGCAGCUGUCUCGUCCAGUCAUUGGGAUCGAGUAGCCACAAGUAAUGUAGAUGUACACACACACACACACACGCACUUGCACCAUAUAUAACACACACACACACGCGCACACACACACGCUUGCACAUUUAACACAUUUAACACAUUCAGAUUUAUUUUUUUCAUAAUCCUAUUUCUCUAUAUUUUCUAAAUGAGUAUUAACAGCGACCCUAAUGCAUGUUUUAUUAUGGCCUUGUCGACUUCAGAAAGGGCUGAUGAAUUUAUAUUUCAUUUUGUUCUCGGUUUUUCAUCCAUUCAUUUAUUUGUUUAUUUCUCCUUCUUUGAACCCUCUGUAUUCAGACACAUCUUAAUCUAUGACAAAGAUUAGGAUCAUUUUGUGCCCCCAUUUUGUCUGAACCUGGGAAAGGAAUCAAGAAGAGAAGCACAAAUGAACCCUUGAUUGCCUGACUACGAACAAAUAUAAAGUCUUUGUCAAAUUAUAAAUUCAACUAAAACCACCAUCAAAACAAAACUGAAAAUAAAACUGGAAAGACAAAACAAAACUGAAAAGGCAGCUGGAAUUGACCAGUGGGUACAUGCUUUUGAAGUAUGUUCUUCUUAAUGCCCUGCUUAUGGGAAAAACGAAGAAAAAACCCUUGUGAAAGAAAAAAACAUCUAAUCUUACUACUUGGCCAUACUGCACCAUGCCGAUGCCUCUUUUGUGAACAACUACUGUAUUUGUGCUCUUGUGCAAUUAUCUCUUAUGUUACUGUUGAUGUGACAUACUGUAAGGAACAUGGGAGUGGUAGAAACCAUAGGAAUAGAAACAUGGCCGCUGUUACCGUUGAUUUGAAUGGGAAUGGCCGUUCUAGGAAUUCUAUUUCGAUGGGUGAGAAACGCAACUGGACCUUCUACCCUAUCAAUCUGUGACCAUGCAUAUAGCCCAAGUGUUGUGAUAGCUAAUCAUGCUAACCGUGCUACGUGCAUGUUAUCCAACCCAAAUUAUCAUCUGACUGUCCUGCAUAUACAGACAAGUAAUAUAUGUGGUCUGGUCACGUUCAUGUGUACAUUGUAAAUAACCUAAAAGCCUAUCUAUCCAUCUGAAGGGAAGAAAACAAGACACAGCAUAUUGUAAUUUUGUAUGUUUGAACAGAGAUUUUAGAUGCUAUAUGCAAGAUAAAAACCAAACAGUAAAACACUGAUUCUGGUUACGUCUCCACACCCACGUUCUGAAAACGUUUUACAUGGGGAAUGAUUUUUCUGUAACACCAGAUGUGAAGGGGGGGUAGAUUUCUGUGUAACACCAGACAUGGUCAUUCAGUGGGUUUUCAUUCAAUUCAAUUCAAAGGUAUUAGAGCUUUGUGAUCAAAUAGUCCACCAGCACAUUCAUUCCUUAGGUGAUGUUGAGUGAAUACUCUUACUCCGUUUCCUUAUUUCUUUCUUCUUCACAUCCAAACAUGUAAAGAAAAGAAACAGCAUACUAUGAUAUUAUUCCCUUUAUUAGGUGGAAUCCACCUGAACACUGGGGGUUUUGGGGUCUGAAGUCGUACCAAAGACUUCUCAGAUGGUCUCCCAGGCAACGCGGCAAAGACCCAACUGUCAAUCUCUAUACUACUGUUAUCAGAAUCAGCUUUGGUUAUCUAUGAUAACAAGGUCCAAACACAGCUUCUCUGUACGACCUACGAUACAAAUUCUCCUAAAUGUACCUGUGCAAAAGUUGACUGAUUCCAAUAACUGCUGAUCCUGAAAGAGAUUUAACAAUAAUUAGAGAUAUUUUGAGAUUAGAUAUAUCUGGAUAUGCCGAAUAAUCAAAUUAAACAAACAGACAGCUGAGGUCAAAGACAUGGCCACUUUAUUUUUCAACAACAAAAAAUAUUCACACUUACCUUGCCAAGCUUUCACUAUAGCGGUCCAACUAAAUGACCAAUGUCUGAUUAAACAUACAUACCUUAUAUAGACUUAGGUUAGAUGAAAAUGCCCAGACCUUGACCCCUGCUCAGAACCACCAAGGUCAAGGGUCAUAGAGCAAAGGUUAUGGUUCUGGAGUUUUCAUUUAGCCCAUUUUCCUUGAUAUGACUGCAGCUUUUGAGUAUCCCCUAGAGUUUCACAAUUAUAUACGUACAGUGUAAAAUGUAUUGUGUGUUGAAGCCUAUAUGUCAUUGACUCACAGUUAUAACAGGUUAUAACCUACAAUCAGGUUACACUGAUCGAUAUAUGCUAAAAUCACAAGAUCCUGUGAGAUAAAAGACAGGAUGUAUAUUUAUUAAUCUCAUAACUUUACAGUUUUAAAUCAUUUUAGUGAUGCUUCUUAUUGGAUUCACAGCUGUGUGUCUGUCGAGGUGGUAAAUACAGUGGUCAUGCCAUUCAAAGGUAUGUUGGUAAUCUGGAAAAUAUUUAUCUUUUUUUUUCUUGGUCCUUCUAUUCAUUUUAAUAUUUUAUUUUAUACCCAACUUUCUCUGCUUAUUCUCAAGCGGUGAUUUGGAUUUUUUUUUAAAUGUUGAAAAAAACAAACAUUUUUGUUUUUUAAAUGUAUUAUUAUGCUUUUUGAUUGUUAUUAUUUUUCAGUUUUCAGAAGCAUAUUUUUUUUUUUUGCGACAGAUGCAAAACUAUUUUAAAUACAAUACUUAAAAAAAACUACUUUACAAUCUACGAGAGAUCUAUGGGAUGUGUUUUUUUUUUCUCCAAUUCGGAUGCAAAAAUGUGUGUAUGCUGGGGAGUGACGAUGGGUAUGGCACAGAAACAUGUGGCUAGGUUUACACAGAGUCCAAACACACUCAACAUAAUACCUAAGAAAUGUCUUAAGACAAUACGUAAGAUGCUAAUUAAUAAGAUAUGCAUUUUUACUUUGUCUAGGGCAGUACUUAUUCCUGUUUUGACCUAAUGUUCGAGUUAUGCAUUUUUUAAAGUUGUCAAAGCUAGACAGGUUCGCUAGUAUUAUUAACGUUGUAUAAAUAUUAACCUUGUGCUACUAUUAUUUGUGGGGAAAGUAUAGACUUAGGUAUGGGGCACAGGGUAGAUGAUUUUUUUGUGUAAACCUAGCCAUAUACUUACAUGGAAUACAAUUUUUUGAAUGCUUUAUAAUCAUAAAGUGAUGGCUACAAACAGGUUAGUAGUAGUAUUUACUGAUAAAAAUAUAUUUUAAAUUUUGCUUGCGUUUAUAUAAUAUUGUUGUAGUAGUAGUAAUACUGUAAAAACAUGUGUACAUUUCAACAUACCUCCCUUUCUCUCCGUUCUCUGGAUAAGUAGUUUAAUCAAGGAAAUUUUAACAUCUACAAACAUAUAAUCCUUAUUAAGUGUAUAUUGCAACAUUGUUAAGGACAAAACAGACGUGGAAAACACAGUAACUUUGUUUAACUAUAGAAGCUAUUGUGAAGUCAUUCUAACGUUGUGAUGAUAACAGUAAAAGUCCAGGCUGUUUAUGUAUGUAGUAGUAUUUGAUUAGUAUUUUUGUAGUAGUAUAUUAUGAGAUGAAGUAAUGAUGAAAGUAACUAACAUGGCAGAAAUGCAUAUUGUUAGAAAAUGAAGCUCCGCACUACAGACUGACGCUUUCAGAAGUUCUUUGUUGAUUGUUUCUUUAUUAUUAUUUUUGUUCCUUUUUUUUACAUUUCUUUUUUUCUUUCUCUGUUCAGAUUUCUGCCUUUGUUAGGUGUUGUUAGCUAAAAAGAAAACAUUUUUUAAAAACGAAACAACAAGUGCAUGUCAGAAUGUUAAGCUCUUUCUAUAUAUUAAAAGAGCUCACUUUUUGUGUUAGAGUUACGGAAAUUUACAAGGACAAAAAAAAGAAAAGAAAACAAGAAAAAUAAAGGUGGGGUGGUGA